AUGAGAUCAAAACUUGCAGAAUUGUGGUGGUCUCAGUUUUCAGUUGUUCAUUCGGUGACAGAACAGAGCACCUUAAACCGUUGCAACCUAACGCGGCAACAGGGUAGUAUCCCCAGGUCUAGAAGGCUCCAGCCAGUUGUGAGGGUGAGGCCCACCACCGUGGACGUGGAUGCCAGGGCACCCCUACUACCGGGUGGGUCCCUGUGUAUGGAUAAGGAGCCCCAUCGGAACAUGCUUAACCGUGUCUUGUCCGAGUCCUGUGGCCGCGUCGCGAGGCUAUCCACCAUAGCCAGAAGAAGAGAAGCUCUCGAUUCACGGCAUUGUUCAGUGUGUGUAGUACUUCGCAUUUCGCCGAGUUGGGGUCGCCAUUGUUGGCACUGGCGUUCGCAAGCCAAUUGGUGCUGCUUUCAGGACCUUGAGAUGGCGGCCCUAGGAACGCAGGCAUUGUCGCUGCUGAGCUCUCAUCCACAGAGAAGCCUCACCAAGGGGCUGAGCUCGCCGUCGUCAAGCUGUGCAAUUCCCAGCUUCUCUGGACUCCGCGGCGGUUCGAAGGCGAAGACCGUGAAUGUGCAUCAACCAUGUUCGUCGAAGGGGUGUGUGGUGACACCAGUGGCGGCCCUUGAAGAAGGUGAUGAGGAACUGGCGGUCGUGAGUAGGAGGGGUGUGUUAGCUGCGAGUACUGCCGCUCUGUCGUUGGGGGUCUUGAUGGGAGGAAGCGAUGGGAGCGACGCAGCGCUGGCUGAUGAGACGAUUUCUAGUUGGGAACAGGUUGUGCUCCCCGUGGACCCUGGCGUCGUUCUUCUUGACAUGGCGUUUGUACCUGACCAACCCGACCGCGGUUUCUUGUUAGGGACCCGGCAGACACUGUUGGAAACGAAGGAUGCGGGUCGCUCAUGGAGUCCACGCAGCAUUCCUUCUGCUGAAGACGAGGACUUCAAUUACAGGUUCAACAGCAUCAGUUUCCAAGGUCAGGAAGGUUGGAUUAUUGGCAAGCCAGCUAUUUUGCUCCACACAAGCAACGGUGGGGAGAGUUGGGAGCGCAUCCCUCUCAGUAUCCGCCUUCCUGGAAAUCCCAUCACGAUAAGGGGGACUGGACCGGACAGCGCAGAGAUGGUUACCGAUGAGGGUGCUAUUUACGUUACAUCAAACAAGGGUUACAAUUGGAAGGCUGCCGUGGAAGAGACAGUCUCUGCCACCCUUAAUAGAACUGUGUCAAGUGGUAUCAGUGGAGCUAGUUACUACACUGGUACUCUUAACACGGUGAAUAGGUCACCAGCUGGUGAUUAUGUCGCCGUUGUGAGCCGUGGAAAUUUUUUCCUGACCUGGGAGCCUGGUCAGCCUUACUGGCAACCACACAACCGCACUAGUGCGCGCCGAAUCCAAAAUAUGGGGUGGCGUGCGGAUGGUGGGUUAUGGUUGGUUGUUCGUGGAGGUGGACUUUACGUCAGCAAAGGCACUGGGGUAACGGAGGAUUUUGAGGAACAGAAGAUCCCAAGCAGAGGAUUUGGCAUUUUGGAUGUUGGAUAUCGGUCAAAGGAUGAGGCGUGGGCUGCGGGAGGUAGUGGCAUUUUGUUGAGGACAACGGAUGGAGGAAAAUCCUGGAUCCGUGAUAAGGUCGCUGACAAGAUCGCUGCCAACUUAUAUUCUGUAAAGUUCAUUGACAACAAAGGGUUCGUACUGGGUAACGACGGUGUACUUCUGCGGUACCUCGGUUGACCCUAAUGUGUAUUUAUCUAGAUUUUUACCGGAACAAGCCCACUAGUUGAGUUGUAGUAUUGAACUUUGCUUAUCCCAUUCUUUGUAUCAUGGUUUUUUUGCUAGUCAGAAACUUUUUUUUUAAUUGCCGACAAGUAAACGGAUGUGUCCAGAGGAACGCUUCCGCUUGUUUUGUUUCUCUAGAGCCCUCUGCAGUUGGAAUGAGUUGAUCCUCUGUGUCGUAGUAUACACCAAUGCCCCUCAAAAACGAGUGUUGCUUUAAGUAUUAGCUGCAACUUACAUAACUUCAUGAAAGCUAAAAUAAAUGCAUGUUCUUAGUCACUGCUAGGCAACAUUGACAUUUUCACCA